UUUCUUAGACUGUUUCAUUAGUCAGCAACAUCGGUUUUAACCGGUUUUAUCUGAUGACUUCUUCAUAUUUGAAUGUGUCUUAUCUCUAUAAAAGGCUCAGCAGUGAAGGCGGAAACACGUGUCCUGCUGUUCUGAGAUCUUAUUGGCUGCAGCGGCUCGUUUUGAAAAGUCUUAUGACUUGAGGCGGAGCGGAGGGAAAGUUCAAAAUUGUAACAACAGGAACGGUAAAAACCACGAGAGAUAACAGCUACAAUGAUCAGGCAGGCGAAGGGUAAAACCCCCCGCAGGCCUCCUCCAAAAAAGCCUUCCAGCAACCAGAAAGACCCGGUUGGGGUGUACUGCCGUGUGCGACCUUUGGGUGCGGAAGAUGAGGAGUGCUGCAUUGAGGUGAUCAGCAGCAGCACCAUCCAGCUACACGCCCCUGAUGGCUUCAAAACAAACCGAAAUGGAGAGUACAAAGAGACGCAGUAUUCCUUCAAAAAAGUCUUUGGAGUUUCAGUAUCUCAGAUGGAGCUGUUUGAGUAUGUUGCCAAACCUCUUGUUGAUGACCUCAUCCAUGGAAAAAAUGGUCUGCUCUUUACGUAUGGAGUCACAGGAAGUGGAAAGACGUUCACCAUGACUGGCUCUCCAGGCCUGGGUGGACUUCUACCUCGGUCUCUUGACAUGAUAUUCAACAGCAUAGGACCAUACCAGGCCAAAAGAUAUGUUUUCAAGACAGAUGAUAAAAAUGGCAUGGAUGUCCAGAGUGAAGUCGACGCAUUGUUGGAGCGCCAAAGACGGGAUAAUAACCUGUCUGCUCCUAAAUCUUCCUCCUCCAGACAAAAACUUGAUCCUGAAAUUGCUGACAUGAUUAAGCCGGAGGAGGCCUCUAAAGCAGACGGUGUGGACGAGGACAGCAGCUACGGCGUCUUCGUCUCCUACAUAGAAAUCUACAACAACUACAUCUACGAUCUCCUUGAGGAAACUCAGGAAGACGUAAUCAAGCCAAAGUGGAAUGGUGGAGGCACACCUAUGCGCCAGAACACUGACUUUAUACCACCUCAAUCUAAAAUCCUCAGAGAGGAUCAGAACCACAACAUGUAUGUGGCCGGUUGUAUGGAGGUUGAAGUCAAGUCUCCUGAGGAGGCAUUUCAAGUAUUUUGGAGAGGUCAGAAGAAGAGGAAGGUUGCCAACACCCGGCUGAACAGAGAGUCCAGCCGCUCCCACAGUGUGUUCAUCAUUAAACUGGCUCAGGCUCCCCUUGAUGCAGAUGGCGACACGAUUCUCCAGGAUAAGAACCAGGUGAGUGUUAGUCAGCUGUGCCUGGUGGACUUGGCAGGAAGUGAGCGCACCGGUAGGACGGGAGCAGAGGGCACCCGAAUACGUGAAGCAGGUAACAUUAAUCAGUCCCUGCUGAAUCUGCGGACGUGCAUUGAGAUACUGCGAGAGAACCAAAUGUGUGGCACAAACAGGAUGGUCCCCUACAGAGACUCUAAAGUAACCCAUCUGUUCAAGAACUACUUUGACGGAGAGGGCAAAGUCAAAAUGGUGGUCUGUGUCAAUCCCAAGGCUGACGACUACGAGGAAACCUUGCUUGUGAUGCGGUUUGCGGAGAUGACCCAGGAGGUGGAAGUGGCGCGGCCAGUGGACAGGCCCAUCUGUGGCUUCACACCAGGCCGCCGUCAUAGAAACCAGGCCUUUAAAGAGGAACUGUCUCGCAAGUUGGAGGAGCGUGGUGGUCCAAUAAACAGAGAUAUGUCCUCUGUUAUAAACCACCUGGUGCAAAGCCUCCCACCUCUACCCUCCUCUGAGCUGACUGACCCUCACGAUGACAUCACCCUGCCCAGGCUGAUCGAAGCUCUGCACAACAGAUACAGGAUCAGGCAGAUGAUGAUUGAAGAAUACAACAAAGCAGCCAACAUGAUGAAGUCUAUGCUUCAGGAGCUGGACGGCAACCUUGCUUCCAAAGGCGAUUAUAUUCAUGAACAAAAUGGCAAACUAGCAGAGAAGGAUAAAAUCAUCCAGAACAACAAGGCUGAGAUUGAACGCUUGGAGAAGAAAAACAAGAUGCAAGAACACAAGAUCGACAUCCUGCAGAAAACUACCAAAAUCUAUGAGGACGACAAGCGUUCACUGCGGCAUGAGCUGGACACCAGAGAUCAGAGGCUAAUGAGGGAGCAGUCUGACAAGAGACGCAUGGAACAACGCAUGCACGGCGUCGUCACAGACACACAGCACAAGUGGGAAAAAGAAUGUGAAAGACGCGUUAAUGCGAUGCAGCUUGAGAUGCAAAACAAGCUCUGGGUGAAAGACGAGAAGCUGAAGCAGCUUAAGGCCAUCGUAACAGAGAGCAAGACGCCAGGUCGCCCUGAACCUCCACCGCAACAGACGCAGCCUAAGCGGCCCUCCAGAGAGGAACGCCUCCCUGCAAAGAGAUCAGCCUCACCCUCACCUAUUCCUUUUUUCCACUUUGCCCCCCAGUCCCCUGUUUAUUCUCCCUCUGUGGGACCAGUGCCAGGGUCACAGCCAGUCAGUGCCAGUAGAGUUGAGGAGGUUGAGAUGAACCCAAGGCCCGCCUGCCCCAUCCCCCGCAGCAGUUGCUCUAUGUCUGUGGCUAGCAGCAUCUCUGCAUGGGAGCAGCGGGGAUCCCAGAACAGCAAGCAGGCAUAUCAUUCCCCCAGUACACCCACAAGAACCCAGUCCCCAGCAGCCCCCUCAGCCAGCCGGGCCAGGAGGAGAGCUAUUUAUUGUGCUAGAGAAGAAGAAGCCCGGACACCCUCCCCUACAUUUGACGUAGAUCUAUUUGAGAGAAGCUACAGGACGACGACUCCGGUUCGGCCGCUGCACCGUCGUUCCCGCUCUGCUGGUGGAGAGAAGUGGGUGGACCACAAGCCCUCCUCCAACCUGGACUUGGGUACAGUUUUGCAGCCCGUCAUCCCCAAUGCCAUCCAAGUGUCUGCCCCCAGUGAGAAGGCCCUGUCCAAGUGUGACAGAUAUGUGUUAACGCACCAGGAAGUUGCUUCUGAUGGCGAGAUACAGACCAAACUUAUUAAGGGCGAGGUGAUCAAAACCAGAGGAGGAGGACAGGCUGUCCAGUUCACUGACAUCGAGACGCUGAAACAGGAGCUCACCACUGUCCCAAGCCGCAAGAGAAGAUCCUCAGAAGGCACCCCUGCUAAUGGAGAUCGAACUGAUGUGGAGAAGAGGUGCUCCGUGGCUUUGGAGAUGAGGGCUGGAUCAAACAUGGGUCCUGGUUAUGAGCAUCAUGGAAUCACCAAGCGCAGAAAACCGUAAGCUCAGCUGGCAGCUGCUCUACUGGUCACUCCCUGAUAUCCUCACCUGGCUGUUGUGCAAUAGUCUGAAAUCUUUUAUAUUUCUCUCUAGUGAAACUAUUUAAACAUUUUCCAUGCUUUUUUUAUGUAUGCAAAAGUGUAUAUACAAGGGUCACCAAAGUCAUUUUUUAAAAAUAUUUUAUAUAUUGUGUUUGAACCUAUAAAAAACAAGUGUUAUUUGAAUCAGUCAAGGAUGGUGGCAAAUAUUUAGUUACUGUUACCCUGCUGCUGAAAGGAUCUGUUUGUGUGUGUAAAAUAGUCACAUUUGUUACUUGGCACAUGUGGAAUUCAUUCAUCAUUGCACAUAAGAGAAGUUGUUGUGAUAUUGGUUUGGUUUACUACAUACUGUCUGCUGGAAUAAUAGUGAGCUUCAAAUUAAGACUUUUAACAAUCUGUUCAUUUUGAAUUUCUUUCUUCAUAUAUAAAAUGUGCUUCUGCCAUUGAUAAACUGAGCUCUCCUUCCUUCACCGUACACUCCAGGGGAAUAAAAUUCCUUUGAAACACCA